CAGAGCUUUAACCGCACUCAGUCGAUGUCGUCCACGUGAAAGCCGGCAAUGUGUCAAGUGCCUCGACAAUGGUAGAAGACUCCGGAACCACUCUCCUGGAACACAAGCAAAAGCCGAUCCUCAACGGAAGCAUCCCCCGCAAAGAGCACGGAGAGCCUCCGGAUGGGGGCACCAAGGCAUGGCUGGUUAUGCUCGGCUCGUUCUUCUGCAACGGGAUUCUCUUCGGGGUGAUCAACUCCUACGGGGUCCUCUAUACGGAGUUCCACGAGAUCUUCAAGAAGAAGGGGUCACUUAACCCGUCCGGCGAGGCAGCACUGGUGGGGUCCCUCGCCAUGGGCACGACGUUCCUAAUCUCGGCCGUCGCCGGCGUUUUAACCGACUUCAUCGGCCUUCGAAGAACCACUUUUUUGGGGGGUUUCAUAGCCUCUAGUGGCAUGUUCCUAUCGUCGUUUUGUGUAGAUAAUAAAUUAGCCCUUUACGUGACUUUCGGCGUAAUGUACGGCCUGGGGGGUGCCUUAGCAUACACUCCCUCAUUAGCAGUCCUCGGCCACUACUUCAAGAAAUACCUUGGCAUAGUCAACGGGAUUGUAACUGCGGGCAGUUCAAUCUUCACCAUUGCCAUGCCAUACGUUAUAACCGAGUGUCUCAAACGGUUUAAAAUCGAACACACAUUGCGAAUUUUAGCCCUAAUUGCAAGCCUCAUCAUGGUUUUCGCAUUUCUCUUCAAACCGGUGAGAGAAACCGAACGCAGGGAAAUCAAGUGGAGGAACACGUUCAAUGUUGAGGUUUUCCGCAAUAAAAAGUAUCUAGUCUGGGCGACGGUUAUAGCCGGUUCACUUUUCGGUUACUUUGUUCCUUAUGUCUACAUGCUUGAUUUUGUUAAAACGAGUUUCCCGGGUCCUGUUGACGGUAAAAUCCCGGUUUUAUGCAUCGGGAUUACAUCCGGGAUCGGCCGACUCAUCUUCGGCUACAUCGCCGACUUCCCCAAAAUCAACCGAAUCCUCCUCCAACAAGUCGCGUUUUUCAUUAUCGGCAUCCUCACCAUGCUUCUACCCUCCUCAACUUCAUCAUUCUACUGGUUAAUUGCCAUAAGUCUCGGCAUGGGUCUCUUUGACGGCUGUUUUAUCGCACUAUUGGGCCCCAUUGCGUUCGAUAUCUGCGGCAAUGAGGGGGCUGCUCAAGCCAUCGGCUUCUUGUUGGGCACCUGUUCGGUACCACUGACCAUCGGGCCCUACGUCGCGGGGCUCAUCUAUGAGAAACAAAAGAGUUACACCAUUCCCUUGAUUCUGGCCGGGAUUCCGCCCACCGUGGGGGCUGUGGCGAUGUUCCUAACGAGGUGUAUAAGGACGACGAAAAACGAAACGCUCAAAAAUGGCACGUGUAAAGUCACAGGUAGGUUGAUCGAGCCACAUCAGAGGUCGAUUCGAGUUGAUGAUAAUGAGAACGACGCGAAUAAAAGGUGCUACAAUUAUUCGGUUUUGUGAUAAUUUUGUGAUAGAGUGGGCUGUUGAAUUGUUUCAUGCGCAAAUGUUAUUGCUGUCGUUAUUUUUUAUAUUUGAACUGCGUCAGUAGCGCCAAUAUAAUGUUGUGAUUACAAUAGUGAUAAAGCAGGCGGUUUUCAUCAUGAAUUUUGAACGGCGCAUCGAUUUUCGAAUACGUUUUUAUUGAAUAGAUUAUCACUCGGAAAAUUCCUCGAUGGACGAUCGAAACGUUAUUAAUUAAUUGUCAAUAGACUAUGGAGGAAAAAUCUCGGAAUUACAAAAUUAAAACUUUUUAUUAUUAAUAAUAUUAUUAAUAAUGGUGACGCCUCAUAUUCGUAAGAAUUUGAAACGAGUUUCAUUGAAAGUAAAAUGAAACGUAUAAAAUUUAAACAAAUGGCGUUUUUGGUCUAUGGCCAAGUGGGGAAACGCAUUUUGUUGAUUUAUUUUGACUAUUUUGCUGCCAUUUCCAGACACGUGCCACUAUAGUACUUACGAAUUUAUUUUAGUUAGUUUCCAGUAAGUUGCAUUUACUAAUUACAGGCUGUGAUAAAAAUGCACGUGCUUUAAUAUGAUAUGAAAAAUCCUGAGGGCAAUUCUGUUAUCUGUAUCCCAUUUCAACAAGCCUUGAAGUUGCCGCGAAGUCUGGAUGAAUCAUAUUUUCGUCUGUUGACUUUUUGGCUGUUUAUUUAUAGUUAUCAAGGAUUUCGGUCGAUGCCUGAGCAGUUUACACAUCUACCUAAAUUCUGUUAUUGUACUUUAACCCGGAGUCAAUUAAUCGAUUAAGAAGUCAUUUUUCGAAUGUUGGCCUAAUUGAUGUAAUUUCUUUAAUUAAAAGUUCGACAUUGUGUCCAUUUCGGUAUUUCUAAUGGUAAUAGAGUAGUCUAGUUGUGUCGGUCAAUUGAAGCAAUUAGGAGUGCAAUUGGAGUGGCGAACCUGCGACUAGACGUCCCUUGUACGAUACUAUUUUACUACCAAAUGAAACAAUUGCCUUGACAAAAUCCGACUCAAUUCAAUUAAAAAGCAACUGCGUAUAAAUCAUUCCUGCACGCGCUCAAAUAACGGAUUAACUGACUGCUUAUUUUACCUAAUUAGGUUAUUACGUUCGAUCGAAUCGAUUUUAUAACGAUGUCGCAAGCAGAAUAGAAAAGCAUACGCCUCUAAUUUACGUUUGUUAUAUGU